AUGGUGAUCGAAGGCUGGCUUGAGCCAGACUGCGUUGUCGUUGCGUCUGCGGGUUCCGGUAGGUCGCCGGCAGUGUCUGGCUCGGUGACUGCCUCGAAGAAGCCGCCACUGCCGUUUGCACCGAAACCGCCUCCCUCCAUGCUGGAGACCCCGAAUCCACCAGAGCCGGCUCCACCUGCCGCAGAGCCUCAUCCUCCCACUGCGGCUGCUCCUCACGCGCACGCUCUUGCGGGGCCUGCUCCCGUUGCCCUUGUUGCUCCUAUUGCUCCCGUUGAGUCUCCAGUUCCCGUUGUCGUUGUUGAUGCCCCCCCGAGCGCCCCAGUCCUUGAUGCGCCACAUGUCUCUGUCGCCCUGCCUGCACUGGUUGCUGCUAUUGGUUCGUCGCCGCACGCGGUGUCCGCCACCACUGGCGGCGCGGGCCCCGGGGAGGUGGGGGGGGGCGUUGCGCUGUCGGCUCCCGUCCUACCGACUGCGGCGACAUCGGUGCCGCACCCGGACGUCCAGGCGGUUCCUGAUCCCGCGCCGCUCGCUGCUGCUCCCCUGGCUCAGCGUCACCCGUCUCCGGGCCGCCGGCAGCAUCGGCCUCACUCUCCUGCGCCCCGCGGUCGCGGUGGCUGGUGGGGGGGGCGCGGUCGUGGUGGCGGCUGGGCGUAUGAUCAGCCAGUAACGAUGGCUGAUCUUCAGCGCGUUGUUUCUGAUGCGAUGCGACUGGAGCGAAACGGGCAGGCGAGCCAGAGCAACUCACCGCGCGUCGCUCUAGCGCAUGCGUCCCUUCCUCCGUCUGCGCCCUAUGAGCCUGCACCUCCUCUUCCACAGUCAGCCGUUCCCCCUCCCCCAGCUCCCUCUGCGUCUGCCGCUGCUCAUGGGAACCGGAUGCACCUACCGUGGGUUCCUCCUCUGGCGGGUAUGGAGUUUGUGACUGCGGCUGGAGGACCGGUGGCGGCGCAGUAUCCCUCUCUACUGCCUGUUGCUCCUGUUCCUCCGGCUGCAUCGGUGCCAGUACAGUCACUGGCGGGGCCCUCUCCGUCAGCCGUGGUGCCAGAGGCGUCGCUGGGGCAGCUAUGGCGCCUCUCUGAGGGUCUGCGGGCAGUGCACUUGAUUCAGGUGUAUGGUCAUGCGGCUCUCUCCCAGGGUGUUCAUCUGGACCCUGGCCCCCGGGACGAGUGCCUGGAUGCUGCGGAUCGGCUGGCCGAGCUCCUGGCGCCCGUGUUGGCUGCGCCCGCGCGGGGUGGAGUUGCGGGCAUUGGACAGCUAGGGACGGCGGUCCAUGGGUUGCGCCGGUUUUUGCGCGCGGGCUCUGCCGUCGACUUGAUCGGCGCAACGACAGUGGUGGUGCCCGAGCUUCAUCGUUCUCUGACGGGUCUUCUCGCUGUCCUUGACGCGGAUCAGAUGUAG